UCCCUCCCCCUGGCGCGGGCUCAGGAAUCCGCCGAAGGGCGGGCGGAGGCGCCGGGGUGGGCCGCACCGCGGCGGGCGGGGGGCGCUUCCUGGGGCCGCGCGUCCAGGGAGCUGCGCGUCCGCCCGUCUGCCCGCAGGCACUGCUCUGGCCUCCGGAGCCGCGCGCGGGGCCGUCGCGGCCGAGAUGCUUCCUUUCGCCUCCUGCCUGCCCGGGUCUCUGCUGCUCUGGGCGCUGCUGCUGCUGCUCGUGGGGGCAGCGUCUCCGCAGGACUCGGAGGAGCCCGACAGCUUCACGGAAUGCACCGAUGGCUAUGAGUGGGACCCAGACACCCAGCACUGCCGGGAUGUCAACGAGUGCCUGACCAUCCCUGAGGCCUGCAAGGGGGAGAUGAAGUGCAUUAACCACUAUGGGGGCUACUUGUGUCUGCCGCGCUCAGCCGCUGUCAUCAAUGACUUGCAUGGCGAGGGGCCUCCCCCACCGGUGCCCCCCGCUCAGCACCCCAACUCCUGCCCACCAGGCUACGAGCCCGACGAACAGGAGAGCUGUGUGGAUGUGGACGAGUGUGCCCAGGCCUUGCACGACUGUCGACCCAGCCAGGACUGUCAUAACCUGCCCGGCUCGUACGAGUGCACCUGUCCCGACGGCUACCGCAAGAUUGGGCCCGAGUGUGUGGACACCGACGAGUGCCGCUACCGCUACUGCCAGCACCGCUGUGUGAACCUGCCUGGCUCCUUCCGCUGCCAGUGUGAACCAGGCUUCCAGCUGGGGCCCAACAACCGCUCCUGUGUGGAUGUGAACGAGUGUGAGAUGGGUGCCCCUUGCGAGCAGCGCUGCUUCAACUCCUAUGGGACCUUCCUGUGUCGCUGCCACCCGGGUUAUGAACUGCACCGCGACGGCUUCUCCUGCAGUGAUAUUGACGAGUGCAGCUACUCCAGCUAUCUCUGCCAGUACCGCUGCGUCAACGAACCGGGACGGUUCUCCUGCCACUGCCCGCAGGGCUACCAGCUGAUGGCCACACGCCUCUGCCAAGACAUUGAUGAGUGUGAGUCAGCGGCACACCAGUGCUCCGAGGCCCAAACCUGCAUUAACUUCCACGGGGGUUACCGCUGCGUGGACACGAACCGCUGUGUGGAGCCCUACGUUCAGGUGGCUGACAACCGCUGCCUCUGUCCGGCUUCCAACCCCCUGUGUCGGGAGCAGCCCUCGUCCAUUGUGCACCGCUACAUGAGCAUCACGUCGGAGCGCAGCGUGCCGGCCGACGUCUUCCAGAUCCAGGCCACAUCCGUCUACCCUGGCGCCUAUAAUGCCUUUCAGAUCCGUGCGGGAAACUCACAGGGAGACUUCUACAUCAGGCAAAUCAACAACGUUAGUGCCAUGCUGGUCCUGGCUCGGCCUGUGACAGGCCCCCGGGAGUACGUGCUGGACUUGGAGAUGGUCACCAUGAACUCCCUCAUGAGCUACCGGGCCAGCUCCGUGCUGAGACUCACCGUCUUUGUGGGGGCCUACGCUUUCUGAGGGCACGGGAGGGCGCACCCCGCCUGCAGUCCCUGGAGUGAGGGGCUGGAGGAAGUGACAGGCAGUAAAGGGAGAAAGGAGCCUGCUGGCGGUGCAGGUGGGUGGCCCUGGGGAAGGGAGGAGCUCCUGGGAGACCCUGCCCCCAGUGCCAGGCCUGGCUGGGUUGCCUGGGCAGCAGCAGGAGGAGGCCAGGGGUCCCAGCUCUGUCCCAAGGAGACCUCUGCAUAAGCCCUGCAGCUCCCUGGGCCUGCACUCUAAGUUAUAAAAGAGGUAACUGCUC